AUGCCGUUAUCGUUUAUCGAGUGCGCCCUUCUUCCCCGCCCGCAGAGACUGCGCCCUGGCGUCUGCAUACGGCCAUGUCCUAUGAGAGGCGGAGGCCCGGACUCGUCCCUGCCAUUGGACAGCUCCGAGGCGGGACACGUCCAAUGGCGCCUUCCCGCACAGGACGUGGUGGAGACCCUCCAUGCGACGCAGGGCAGGUGUGACCGACGCCAGGAGCAACUGCAAUGGCAGCUGCAAUGGCAGCAGGAGCUCAGCAUCUCAGCUGGCGCUGGCCCCCUUCCAGAAGGCGAGGCCAAGCUUCGGCUGUCCCAGCCGGCAGCCCAAUCUUCAGCGUGUGUCGCCUGCAGGCUUCUCCGACGUUACAAUGCGUGUCUCAUCCUCCCACAGAGGGUGGUUCGGGGCGGCGACGCUACCACGUACUAUGUUAGGGCGACAUACGGAGUACUUAGAUUGAGGAUUACAGGGUUCAGCGAGAUUACAUACACAAUCGCCGUUGGCUCGCUGACCAACGCGCCCGCUAGCAGAAGACCGCUAACAGCCGGUAGCGAGGAAAGGGCCGACGCCAUGGUUGUGUUUUAUUGGCGUGCCGGCUUGUCGGUGGUGCCCGGAGUCGCAGAUGAGAGCCAUACGAGGAUAGAGCUCCGAGGCUUCAUCUUCACAAUUAGCUCCACCACAGAGAGCCCACCUCUGCCGCUCCGCUGUGAUUCGCUGAUCCGCACAGGGGUCCGAUGGGACGACGAGGUGGCCAAGCCGCAAUGCUGA